AUGUCGUCGCUGUCUCUGGCAGAUCCGUCGUCGCCCAUGCCCUCCUCGUCCUCACUCAUCGUCGACAAUGAAGGCCAGGCCCAUGACCCGGGGUACGUAGGCGCGCUUCGCCUCAUCCACGCCCAAAUUGGCGCAAGGGCCGAGGGGGGCACCUCUUCUGCCCCACCCAGCGUCUCGUCCUUUUCCUCCCCGCGGCGGCCGUCGAGCGGCGGCGGCGGCGGGUCUCACGCACCCAUCAGGCCCUCGAAUCUGGGCUUGUCAUCUCACGGCCAUGGACCUCGCAGGUCCCGUUCGACCCUCACCACGUCGACGUUCUCCUACUCCUCGUCGUCGGAUCUGGACGAUGACGACGAUGAUGACGACAUUGCUGGAAACGGCAGAAACAGCGACGAGGACGCUGACUUUUCCUUUUCUCGCGAUUCGGAUCUCCGACGGGCCGCCAGUCUGGCCCGGGCGUCGAUGGCAGGCGCCGGACCUUCGUCGAGGCACUCGUCUUUUUCCAACAGCGCCCUUCGUUCUGCCGAACGCACUCCCCCCAACGCUCCCCGGUCUGAUCUCUCGGGUCUUGGCCUUUCGGGCCCCUCUCCACCGCCGUCAUCGUCCUCGUCACCUCCGCCACAGCUCAAUGUCCAGCAGGAGGGAAACGAGUCGCGGCGCAUGAGCUGGACGAGCCGCUCAGGAAGCCACAGCAAGACCAACCGCUCUCCUGCCCGCAACUCGACGUCGCACGAUGACGGCGGCAUGGCCAGCGGCAAUUGGGGCUUCACCGGCAUCGUCGACGUCGAGAGGGAGAGGGAGCGGCACAGGGCCAACAACAGCCCCGACUUGGGAUUAGACGACCUCGACGGCGGCUCCUACAGCUUCCAUUCUCCCUCACAUACGGAGCUUGUCGCGGCAGCCAGCCUGAGCAAGUCCAGAAACUCCGGUGCGCCCGCCACCGCCUCGCGCAUGGGAACCCGGACACCGCCCCAGACCCUCCACGGCAGCAUUAAGCGACCGUCUUCGUCCACAUUGGCAAGCAAUGGCGACGCCUCGCUCGCCAAAGGCUUACAUUCAUCUCCCUCAGCGGCCAGCAAAAAGCCAUUGGGCUGGUCCAACGGCCCUUCGAGCGAGGCCGGCUCCUCGACUACCGGUCAUGCCAAGCCCUCUUCGCUCAGGGAACGUGUACGCUCUCGUACCACAUCGGGGGAACAGCCACAGUACUUGGAAGCAAUCGAAUCGGGAUCUGCGUCUAUUGCGCCUCCCAAACAACGAAAGGGCCUGAGCACCAUUCUCUCUGGUCGCCCCUUCUCCUCGGACGACGCCAAUUCCUUUGACAGUUUUGGUCGCGCCCCACGAGGCUCCGUCGAGGGGGCAAGUGUUCUUCCCGACCUUCACCACCCUCGAGUCUCUCACGAAGUGGAUCCAGAUCUGGCCGAUGCAGACUUCUCCGUGGGCCCGUCUCGGAUGAAGCAGGCCAAAGAGUUUUUGUCAAAGAAGUCGCACAACCUCGGCGAAGAAGCUCACGACUCUCCCAACCAUCUCCGACGCAAGAUGCAGAGCAUCGCCCUGGGUGUCCGCUUCAAGACUUUCAAGGUCCGAAAAAGCAUCGAGCGCCGAUUCUGA